AUGGCAUCCAAAAAAUCCAACAAAAACCCCGAUUCACAACAGUCGGAGAAGCCUACCAAAUCAAGACCACCUCUUAGUGGUACAAAAUUGGCACGCAAAAGCAAACCUAACUUGCCUGACUGGUACCCUAAUAAUACCGAAAUCGAGAAGGCGGAAAUAUCACCCGAACUGACACCUCAAGAAAUAAUUAUACCCGAGGAACCCAAACCAGAUCCCAUCGAAGUAAAGAGGAAGAGAAAAACAACCGAGAUGGAGAAUAUCGUGCGUCGAGUAAUGAGAUCUGAGCUAGGGAAACUGGUUAUAGAGGAGUAG